AUGGAGAUUGAUGAACCCAUUUUAGUGACAAAACAUUACCAGCACAUUUUGGCUUUGGCAUUUGCCAUAAAAGAGAUGAAUGAGAAUGCCUACUUCCUUCCAAACAUCAGCUUAGGUUUUUACAUCAUCAACAGCUAUCAACAUGGAAGGAUGACUUAUAAGGCCACUUUAAACCUGUUAUCCACCCAGCAGAAGUUUCUUCCCAACUACAGCUGUGAUAACCACGAGAAAAUUAUAGCAGUCAUUGGCGGGCUUUCCUCUGAAACCUCUGCUGAUAUGGCAACUAUUUUGAACAUCUAUAAGAUUCCUCAGGUCCACCACUAUUUAAGAGGAGUCUUCUUCAAUAACAGUGCUGGAGACACUGUGCAUUUUGAUAAAUAUGGAGAAUUAGUUGCAGGUUUUGAUGUUACCAACUGGGUCAUUUUCCCAAACGGGUCUUUUGUUAGAGUAAAAGUGGGCAGGCUGGAUCCUCAGGCCCCUGCAGGCAAAGAGCUAACCUUGAAUGAAGAUCAGAUUGUGUGGCACAGAGGCUUUAACCAGGUGAAGCCCCUUUCAGUGUGCAAUGAUAUAUGCCAUCCUGGCAAUAGCAAGAGAAAGAAGGAAGGGGAGGAAUUUUGCUGCUACAAUUGUGUUCCAUGUCCAGAGGGAAUGAUCUCUGAGCAAAAGGACAUGGAUACCUGUGUCAGAUGUCCAGAAGAUCAACAUCCCAACAAACAACAACAUCGAUGCAUUCCCAAAAUUAUAAGCUAUCUCUCCUAUGAAGAACCUUUGGGCAUUUUCCUAGUGACUUUAACUAUUUCUUGUUGUCUGUUCACCUCUUUAGUAUUUGCAAUCUUUGUAAAGCACCAGAAGACACCCAUAGUCAAAGCCAACAACAGAGGUCUUACCUACAUUCUCCUUAUUUCUCUCCUACUGUGCUUCCUCUGCUCAUUUCUCUUCAUUGGCCAACCUGUAAAAACUACCUGCCUUCUGCGCCAAACUGCUUUUGGCAUUGUCUUCUCUGUGGCCCUUUCUAGUGUGCUGGCCAAAACCAUCACUGUCAUUCUUGCCUUCAUGGCUACCAAACCAGGCUCAAGAGUUAAGAUAUGGAUAGGAAGAAGACUGGCAAAUUCUAUUGUCCUGUCUUGUUCCUUUAUUCAAGCUGGAAUGUGCACUUUUUGGUUAGCUACAUUCCCUCCAUUUCCAGACAAGGACAUGCAUUCUGUGGAUGGGAAAAUCACACUGUCAUGUAAUGAUGGUUCAUCUACCAUGUUUUAUUGUGUUUUGGGCUAUCUAGGCUUCUUGGCGAUUGUCAGCUUGACUGUGGCUUUCCUAGCCAAGAAGUUGCCAGACAGUUUCAAUGAUGCCAAGUUCAUCACCAUCAGCAUGGUUAUCUUUUGCAGUGUUUGGCUAUCUUUUGUUCCAACCUACUUGAGCUCAAAGGGGAAAUAUAUGGUGGCCGUGGAGAUCUUCUCCAUCCUAUCCUCAGGUGCUGGUUUACUGGGUUGUAUCUUUUCCCCAAAAUGCUACAUGAUUGUUCUGAGACCACAGCUGAACACCAGGGAAAAUUUAUUAAGGAAACAAAAGGAAAGAAUUUAA